CCUUUUCCUGCACUUGGAUUUUAUUAUUGACGUUGGGGGCUGUUAUUUUUUUCUUUGCCUUUUUUUUGACGGUACCUACUGUACCUACUGCUUGAAGACGACUCUGUAUAGUACCGGCCUUUCUCUUGUUUCAAUUAUAUUGUACACUCGUUGUCGCGAGAGUCGCCUUUGUAAGCAGAUAGGAGAACGUAGGCGGGCAGCAAAUCGACAACGAAAAAAUGUUGCCGCGCGUCCUUGCUUUCGGGACGGACCCCUGGGACCCGACAAACCGCUUCUUCACGUCCUGGUUGAUACCGCCGUACGCCUUGGCUGCGCUGAGGGCGUUGUUUUCCCUCUACGCCUUCACAACCCUGAUCUUCAACCUCGGCUACCUGUGCGCGCACCCGGACCUAGGCGGCUGCGCGACCUCGCGCACCGAGUUCUCCUACUUCACCGUGCUCACGUACUGGGGUUUGGCCUUCUACCUCGCCGUCGCCGCGGUCCACACCUUCAGCUACGCGCGGUACGGCGCGCCGCUCCUGGCGCGCUGGCCUAGGCCCCUGAAGGCCCUGCACGCGCUGUACUACAGCUCCGUCACGAGCUACCCCUUCAUCGUGACGAUCGUGUACUGGGGCAUCCUGUACCCGUACGGCGGCGCCUGGUUCCCGGACGUGUACGACGGCUGGUCGAACAUCAGCCAGCACGCGCUCAACAGCUUCUUCGCGCUCUUCGAGAUCCUCGUCCCGCGCACGCAGCCGCAGCCCUGGAUCCACGUCCUCUGGCUCAUCGUGAUCCUGGCCUUUUACUUGGCCCUCGCGUACCUGACGCGCGCCACCAAGGGCUUCUACGUGUACAGUUUUCUGGACCCGACGAAGGAGGGGCCGCUUGUUGCGGCGUAUGUGUUUGGCAUCGCGGUCGCGGCGAUUCUGAUUUUUGGUAUUGUGAAAUUUGUCAUCUGGGCGCGGCGCUACGUCACGGAGGAGAAGAUGGGGAGGAGGGGGAAAUUUGCGUUUAGGAGAACCGCGGAGGAGCUCGAGAUGGUUGGGCCGGGCGCUUUUGCGGGCAAGUGAUUCGUAAUG